AAGUUGCUGGAUUUAUUGUAUUUUCUUCAGUUGUUUUAUUUACGAUAUUCUAUGGCGAAUAAAGGUGAAGUAAGUAAAACGGGAAGCGUUUCUAAAUUCCAAACUUAUGAAAAAGUUGAUGAAACCCAGAAAAAUCUUAAGGACACGAUCAAAGCUAAAAUCAAUAGAAGAAAUCUCUCGGCUGCUCCUUUCUAUCUGAAUGGUGCGAUCCAGAUAAACAAUGCCAGCAAUGUGCAUUUGGGAAACAGUGUAUCAAUUGGAAAUAACCCAAGCAUAGAAAUUCAAAAGCCUCCUGAGCCUAAACCAGAACUAUCUCCAGCACUAACAGCCUUAUUCGAAAAUGAGGAAGAAGUCACAAACCUGCAUAGGUUAGCUGUGGACAGUCACAUAGGCUCUGACUGGAGGUUUCUUGGUCAGGAACUUGCAGGAUUCUCUAAUGGGCAAAUGGACCAGCUUGAGGAGCCUUUCAAAGCAAACCAUUAUGAAUUUAGAGAAGUAAUCUAUCAAAUGCUACUGAUGUGGGAAGGUCAUUGUGAAACCACCCCAACUGUUGGAAUGCUGGCAACAGCAUUAUGGAAAUGCAAAAUGUAUUCAGCUGUUAUAUCUCUUCUUGAGAGAGUUAAAGAUUCCCACAAGUAACAUUCCAGCAAACUUGUUUAACCUGGAGUAUUUUCACUUCCAUUAUGGCAGCCUUACCACUUUAUACUAAAUUGUUGGUGGUUAGUUCUAAAUCUGAUUGAAUUUGUUUUUCUAUAUUUGUUUUCAUUUUUAAACCUUCUCCGAGGGUGUGCGUGGUGAUUUACCAGGAAGUAGAUAUUUGUUGUUAUUGGUGCCGCAAAUUUGUCAAUUUUUUCACACUGUUUAUUUUUAUGUAAAAGACGAAUACUACGUUGGAUACGUAGAUCUGACUUAACAAUCUCCACAAAAGGCACAUUUUAAUUUACUUAAUUUCCAUUUAAGAAUGAAAAUUAUGUAUAGGUCUCAUACUUUAUUUUAAAUGUGAAUUCGUCUUCAUAAUCUUCAAAAUUCUCCUUAUAUGAAUGGCAAUUUCCAUCAAUGUAUAUAGUGCCAAUCAAUCCGUAAUAGUCUACUUGUAAUGUCUCAAUAAUUUUAUCCAACCAUUGGAAACAAAGUAAACUUCUUUUCAGCUGCA